GCAUUUAAUCUUUCUCAGCAAUUCACAAAACUCCCGAUUUUGUGGUGAAAUUCGAAAAACACUCGUUUUUUUUUUGUGGAGGCCAAUGGCGAGUGCGGCGGGAGUGAGGAGGUCUACGACGUCGUCUCUGGCGAAGCGCCACGCUUCUGCUUCGGAUAAUACUGGGAAGCCGGCUUCGUCGGCCUCCGCCGCCAAGAAGCGACCGGCGCUUGCGAAUGUCACUAAUCAGAGGGUUGGCUCCGGUUCCUUCAAUUCGGGGCGGGUUUCUGCGCCUGAAUCGUCCAAAAUUGUGCCAUGUACCACUAAAAUUGUGAGCAUAAAGAAGGGAUCUUCUGUUUCCUCCAAUGGAAGCUUCUCUGGGGUUUUUCAUCCUGCAGCAACCAAUUCUGUCAAACAGACCACGGUUGCUGCGGGUAGAUCCUCGUCUUCAAUGAAGAGCAAUGUAGCCAUUCUCGAGGAUGGUGCUGCCUCCGUUACAUACAGCAUGAAUGUAUCUCCUGACAAAUCAGACUCAUUCUCUGUUUCAAUGGAUGAAUCCAUGUCCACUUGUGAUUCUUUGAAAAGCCCCGAUGUCGAGUAUGUGGACAAUAAUGAUCUGACUGAAGUGGAUUCCAUUGAGAGAAAGGCAUCAAACAUGCUCUGCAUUUCAGAACCCAUGGACAUUGGAGGGGUUGUAUGCAAGCGAGACGAGCUAGCAGCAUUGGAAGCCGGUGGCAUGAUUGUCAACGUUGAUGAUAAUCUCGAAGACCCACAGCUCUGUGCCACCAUUGCUUGUGAUAUAUACAAGCACUUGAGAGCAUCUGAGGCAAAGAAAAGGCCUUCUGCUAGCUUCAUGGAGAGGGUGCAAAAGGAUAUAAAUCCGAGCAUGCGAUCAAUUCUCGUUGAUUGGCUCAUUGAGGUGUCUGAGGAAUACAGACUAGUUCCCGACACGUUGUAUCUGACUGUGAACUAUAUAGACCGUUAUCUCUCCGGUAAUGUCAUGGACAGACAAAGAUUACAGCUGCUCGGUGUAGCUUGCAUGAUGAUUGCCUCAAAAUAUGAAGAGAUUUGUGCACCUCAGGUGGAGGAGUUCUGCUACAUAACCGAUAACACAUAUGUUAAGGAAGAGGUUCUGCAGAUGGAAUCUGCAGUCUUGAAUUACUUGAAAUUUGAAAUGACUGCGCCAACGGCUAAAUGUUUCUUGAGGAGGUUCGUUCGGGUUGCUCAAGGGGUAAACGAGGCUCCACUGUUGCAACUGGAGUGCAUGGCUAACUAUGUCGCGGAGCUAUCUCUGUUAGAGUACAGCAUGUUGAGCUUUGCCCCAUCGUUGAUAGCAGCUUCAUCGAUUUUCUUGGCCAGAUACAUUCUCCUCCCUGCUAAGAAGCCUUGGAACGCUACCUUGCGGCAUUACACGCUCUACCAACCCUCUGAGCUACGCGAUUGUGUGUUGGCGCUACACGGUUUUUGCUGCAGCAGUAGCAAUUCAAGCCUGCCAGCAAUUAGGGAGAAGUACUGCCAGCAUAAGUACAAAUUUGUUGCAAAGAAAUACUGCCCUCCAUCAAUACCAACAGAAUACUUUCAGAAUGUGAGCAGCUAGUCUCAUCAGUUUCAAUCUUGCUGUUGUGUAGCUCAGUUUUAGCCUAACAUUUCAUGUAUAGAUUAGUUCUUUUUAGCUUUCUCAAUGUUGUUGUAUUCUGAUAUUGGGUUUUAUAUAAAAACAUUGAGUUCUAGCAAA